AUGGCAGGCACACGGAAUUAUGACUUCCUGAUCAAGCUGUUGUUGAUCGGGGACUCGGGGGUGGGUAAAUCAUGUUGUCUGUUACGUUUCAGCGAGGACUCUUUCACUCCAUCAUUCAUCACUACUAUCGGGAUUGACUUCAAGAUCCGAACGAUCGAGUUGGACGGAAAGAGGGUGAAGCUGCAGAUCUGGGACACUGCAGGUCAAGAGCGCUUUCGCACCAUCACGACGGCGUACUACCGAGGUGCCAUGGGUAUCCUUCUUGUUUAUGAUGUGACAGAUGAGCGGUCAUUCCAAAACAUUCGGACCUGGUUUUCAAACGUCGAACAACAUGCCAGUGAAGGUGUACACAAGAUUCUCAUCGGAAACAAGUGCGACUGGGAAGAGAAACGAGCGGUCUCUACCGAGCAAGGCCAGCAACUUGCUGAUGAACUCGGCAUUCCCUUCCUUGAGGUUUCGGCUAAGAACAACAUCAACAUCGAGAAGGCAUUCUACAGCCUUGCAUCGGAUAUAAAGAAGGGGAUGGACACUUCCAAGACUGAACAGUCUGGUUCUCAGGGAGUCAGUAUAGACCAACAAGGCUCUGGUUUGAAUGGCAACUCUGGGGGCAAGUGUUGUUAG